AUGAAAAUUAUUUCCAUCACAUCUGGCUGCCACACGGCUCGAAUCAGCCUGAAGAGCAGGGAGUAUAAUAAAGUCAAAAAGAAAACGGCAAUAACAGCAGCUAAUACCCUCCUACAAUAUGUAACUGCCACAACACCUGCACCAGAAGCAGCACCAGCAACAAUUUUGGUAAACAUUUUCAAGAUUCAACGUUACGCCAGCAACAACAGAAGAAGCACAAAGCUGCUAAAGGCAGCAAUAAAGCCUCAGUCUCUUGGCAACUCUGACAGACUCAUGCAACAAGAGCAACUCAAAUCGAUGAAUUCUUGGCAAAACACUAGCUGCGCCAUAUUGUUUUAA